AUGUAUCUGCCGAGGAUUCCUGAAACCAUUGAAAUCACUCCGAAUGUGUUGACUUUCACGAAUUCUGAAGACUCAAGAGCAGAAUUCAUACUGAGGAACAAUUCGGAAUUUCAUAUUUCAUUCCUAUCAAUCCCUUAUGUUAAUCCACAACUUAAAGUUAUAAUUGAUCCGGGAAACUUGGAAACAAUCGGAAUCCCAAAACCUCCGGACACCUCUUCGAGCAAGGUUACUGUUGGAUGGAUCACUUUGGACAAUUGUUGCUUUCCACUGGUUUUUCCGAUUAGAAUUGUGGAGCAACUUCUAGAAUUGGAGUCCUUAGAAUGCAAAAUUUGUGUCCGUCAAUAUAAUGAGACGGAUCGAAUCCCCCGAGUCAUUCCAGUCUGUGGACAUACAUUGUGCGAGGAUUGUGCGAAAAACAUUAUCAGUGGAAAUACACUGAAAUGUCCAAUCGAUAGAAGAGAUGUUAAUGUUGAAGGAGGAGCCAGUAGUCUUCCCCGAAAUUUCGCGAUUCUGGAAACCAUUGAAGAACGGAACACUUUCUUAAACAUUCCCAUGGAACCGAUCGAUUCUGAACCAACCUAUCCCAGAAUUCCUUGCGUGGAAAAUUCCAGGCACGAAUCAACUGUUCGUUGCGUUGUCUGCAAAGCUAAUUAUUGUGAACCAUGUUUCAACAAAAACCACCAGGGAAGAGUGUUAUCCGCACAUGACACAAUUGACAUCACAUUCCCACAGUGUACAAACUGCCCGGAUAAAUUUGCAGAAGUGGUUUGCACGCAAGCCGAUUGUUCAUCCGAUCACUCACCAAUUUGUCUUCAUUGUUAUCAAGAGUCACACAAGAAACAUCGGUAUGAGACUAUUCGGAAAAACUUGGAGCAAAACCAGAUAGUACUGACCAAUAUCCUGAAAGUAUUAGCUAAAAAACAGCGAGAAUGGGUGGAUGUUUUGCCUACAUUGUCAAUUGAGAAGCAAGAGGAACUGAAUUUAAGAUUAGACUUGUUGAAGGACGUGAAGAAAUACGGAGAAAUAUGGAAGAGGAGUAAAUACGAAAUAUACAUGGAUGAGCAAUUUUUUUAUAGGUGGAUUACGGGUUUAACGGAAUUGUGCUUUGAAGAAUAUGGAAAUAUAGUUGACGUUGCCCCAGAAAACGUCGCUUUGGAAACAAAUACGGCAACCCAAGAUACUCCAGUGCCAAUACCUACUAAACCUUCUAAUCUAGAAAACGCUCCUGAAACUAUUCAUUCGGAAGAGACUUUACCGAUUGACUCACCAACUCCCGAAUCUGUUCGAUUUUCCAUGAUUGACGUGGCAGAUGUAUUGGAUGAAGUGUUAUCAAAUUUGGAGGUUUUUAAUGAAGAUACACCAGAAAGCAGUAACCGUGUGGACAAGUGGGUCUAG